AUGCCACGGUUGCCACGGUGGGUAGUGACAGUCUCGUUCUACUCCUCGCUCGCGUCAGCCAUCAUCAUCUUGUUGAGCAUAUUGAUGCACUUGCGCAACUACAGAAAGCCGUUCCACCAGAGGUUGAUGAUUCGCAUUCAGCUAAUAGUGCCGCUUUUCGCCAUUACGUGCUACUCGAUGCUCAUUAACCAGAAAUCGGCAUUCAACAGGUUCUUGUUGGAGCCCGUCCGCGAGAUAUACGAGGCGUUUGUCAUUUACACUUUUUUCUCGUUGUUGACCGAUAUGCUUGGUGGCGAGCGCAACAUCAUCAUAAUGACGAGUGGGCGCCGACCCGUGCGGCAUCCCGGUGUGUUGGGGUACCUCUUGCCCCCCUUGGACAUAUCGGACUCAAAGACGUUUUUGGGGAUCAAGCGGGGCAUAUUGCAGUAUGUGUGGCUCAAGCCCAUCAUCUGUUUCUCGACGUUGUUGUUUGAGAUGAUUGGCAUUUACAAUGUCAAUGAUAUGAGCUGGAGGUCGAUAUAUUUAUGGUUGACCUUGAUAUAUAACGCGAGUGUCACCUUGUCCUUGUACAGCUUGGCUGUGUUUUGGAAGAUAUUGUGGGAUGAUUUGAAACCGUUCAAGCCCGUGGGCAAGUUUCUUUGUGUGAAAUUGAUCAUUUUCGCUUCCUAUUGGCAAGGCGUCAUCUUGGCGAUAUUGAAUUUUUUCCAGUUGUUGCCCGGGAGUGAUGAUAACGAGGCGAAUGGAAGCAUUGGAGUUUGUAUUCAAAAUGCACUCUUGUGCGUUGAGUUGAUUGCCUUUGCCAUUGGCCAUUGGUUGUCAUUUUCGUAUUAUCCAUUUACAGUCUCGCAACUCCCCUGGGGCAGGUUCAAGUUCCACUAUGCGUUAAAAGAUUGGCUCGGGUACAAGGAUUUGCAGAUUGAUUUCCAAAAGACGUUUAAAGGCGACCACUACAAGGAUUAUCGACAAUUUGACUCUGUUGAGGCGGUGGUGGCACACCCCGACUCUCGAGGUCGGAUGAGUCGAAUCCACCAAGGGUUGAGGUAUCAUUACGAUGGCAAGCACAAGCAUUGGCUACCUGAUAACCAAAGCGUCACUGCCUCUCAAGGGAUCGUGCCUAGCACUUCUGAAAUUCACGCCUUGCAGCCCGAUAACGCAUCGAUUUUGUCAAACAAUACAUCAAUGAGGGCCAUGUACCCCGCGUCGCCGAAAAACUCGCCGCCAAACUCGCCCAUGUUGGAGGAGGAAACGCGCUCGAUAAGCUCCACGUCCUCGUUAUCCAUCUUGGAGCAAUUGAACUCGGAUGGGCUAUUGUCAACCAUCGAUUAUUCCUCGGAGAAAUUUGACGAAGACGAAAUGAUAUACCUGGAAGCAAUCGAUACCAUCGGCAACCAUACUUUAGAAAGCGACCACACCAAGAAGAUACUCAAUUACCCCAUCAUAGACGGAGUCUUGGAUAGCCACCUUUACGGAUACAAAGUGCAGAAACUAAGACAGCGACAGCAAGGUAUGCGACAGCAGCAGAAGUUGAAACUGAAACGAGAUAGUGACAAGGUACUCCAGUCUAACCAGAGCUAUCGAUACGGAAGCAUAGUUUAA